UCACAAAUCAUGUCGAAUAGUGUGCGUCUUAAAAUCACCAUAGUUGGUGAUGGUAUGGUGGGAAAGACUUGUAUGCUGAUCACCUAUACACAAAAUGAAUUUCCUGAAGAAUAUAUACCCACGGUUUUCGAUAAUCAUGCCUGCACCAUAAGUGUUGACGAUAAGGAAUACAGUUUAACGUUGUGGGAUACAGCGGGUCAGGAGGAUUAUGAACGUUUAAGACCUUUAAGUUAUCCAAAUACCAGUUGUUUUCUGUUAUGCUAUUCCAUCAGUAGUCGAGCUUCCUUCGAAAACAUCAAAAGUAAAUGGUGGCCCGAAAUUCGUCAUUAUUCCAACAAUGUACCCGUCGUUCUAGUCGGUACUAAAUUGGAUUUACGUAUAGCAAAUUCAGAAAAAUUCGUAACAACAGCCGAAGGACGUCGUUUGAAGAAAGAAAUACAUGCCCAUUCUCUGGUCGAGUGUUCGGCCAAGAAAAAAGUAAAUCUACAAACCGUAUUCGAAGAGGCGGUAAGAGCUGUAGAAAAGAAACCUAAAAGUAAGCCACAAUGUAGAAUUCUUUAGUGUAAAGGAGUCGCACAUGAAAUCUGGUACUAAAUUUAUAUUGAGCCUGUGUGUUAGUGUUGUUAAAAAAAGUAUUUAUUUCAAUACUUUAGUUUUAAUCUAAAAUAAUUAUUAUUAAAGUAAAUAAAAUUUAAAAAUUUAUAAUAUUUUUUUAUGUAAUUAUAUCUAAACUAUUAUUGUAAUAUUUUCUUUAAAAAAAGAAACUUUAAGUUUCUGUUAAAUUGUUUCAAAAGUUUCUUGCAAUUUCCUUUUAUUUAAAAUUAAUUUAAGUGUUAUUAAUUAUUCCUAUAAUAAUUUGCUAUAAAUAUUAAAUAAUUAGUUUGUUAAUAUUAAACAAAUGUUUAUUUCAAUAUCGUUUCAUAAUAAAAUUUUAAGUUUUUUUUUCUAAAGUUCUAAAAGUAUCUUCUAAUUUUAUUAUUUUCUUUUUUUUCUUUAUUUUUUUAUCACGAUUUGACCAAAGUUUGUUUUUUUAUGUUGAGUUUUUUUUUUAAUUUAUCUAGUAAUUUGUAUAAAAAGUAAAAACUUCCCAAAAAAAGCAACAAAACAUAAUUAUGUAUCUUAAUAAGUAAUUAAUUUUUAUUUAUGUAUGUAAAUUUUUUUAAUAUGCUAUCAAACAAAACAAACAUACAUACACAU